CUUCUCGCCCACGCUGCCGCGUGCUCUUUAUUCUAGGUAGAAACGGCGUCGUUCACUCUCUAUAUAAAACACAGAACAGACAAAGAAAACUCAGAAACAGUAAUGGAGGAUUCAAAAAUGAAAAAUGCUGGUGAUGGUGAUGAUCCAGUGGUGGAAAUGGAUGAGGAUAUUUUUAUGAGUUUAAGUGAUAUUUUUGAUGAAAGUAACUCAUUAGAUGAGUUAAUGAAGUUUGUUGAUGAUUCUACUAAGGUUAAGUUUAUUGAAAAUCCGUACUCCACGACGCCGUUUAAUGUGUUUCAGUCUUCUUCUUCUUAUGUUACUAUUAACGGUAACGAGGAGACUUGCGGCUCUUCUUUCUCCGACUGGGAGUCUUCCGUUAUGGCUAGUGUUGACGUCGGCGGGUUUGUAAAUACCGGAAAAGGAAAUGAAUGUGGGUUUGGGUUUUGUGAGUGGUUCCAAGGCGGCGGAGGCGGCGCGUGGGGUUUUGAUGAUGUGGAGACGGAGGCGCGUGAAGGAGUUUGUGGGGGUUUUAGUGAGUGGGAUUUUCUGGAUUACGAGUGUUUUGUGGAUGGUGGCGGUGGCAUCUUUUGACCCAUGGAGUAAAACGCUGUCGUUUGUAAUUAAUUAUUAUCUGUUUAUAAGAUGGGCUAAUUACUAAUUUUGGAUUAGUGGU